UCAUUCUGACCAUUAGUCGUCAUUCGUUUGUUGCCCGACUGCGACGCCCCGCGCGGAAUGAUGUGUAUAAUAAACUAAACAUCGCAUAAUCUUACCCAAUAUCGCCAUUGGGCGAUAACUUAUCAUGUGCUAUGACGCGACGAUAUAUUUAAAGUUUUCACAAGAUAAGCGGCCGUGUAGUGAUUAAAAUUUUACUGUGUAUAGUUGGAGAAUGUGCUCGCAUUGACGUUUUCGUUCGAAGAAAAGUUAUUACCGUUACGUAGUGCUCUUUUACUAUGUCGCUAUUUAAAAAGAAGGCGCCUAAAUACACCCCGCCUCCAGUUCCGCCGACGCCGACAGAGGAAACCCAUCAGCAGUCAAAUGGCCUAGAUAACAAUAAUGGAACGCAGAAGUCACAGUUGGUGUUUCACUGUCAGCAAGCGCAUGGCAGCCCGCUCGGACUCAUUUCAGGCUUUUCGAAUGUUAAGGAACUUUAUCAAAAGAUAGCAGAAUGUUACGAUUUUCCACCCGAAGACAUUCUCUUCUGCACACUCAACACACACAAAGUGGAUAUGAAAAAACUUUUGGGAGGACAAAUAGGCUUGGAAGACUUUAUUUUCGCCCACAGGAAAGGGCGGCCAAAAGAAAUAGAGAUCGUUAAAACAGAAGAUGCUUUAGGCUUAACUAUAACAGAUAAUGGAGCUGGAUACGCAUUUAUUAAAAGAAUCAAGGAAGGUUCCAUUGUUUCCAGAAUACCACAUAUAGAGGUUGGAGAUCACAUUGAGAAAUUGGACGGAGAAAAUAUGGUCGGCAAGAGGCAUUACGAAGUCGCUAAGAUAUUAAAAGAUAUUCCAAAAGGAACCACAUUCAUAAUGCGAUUAGUAGAGCCUCUAAAAAGCGGUUUCGGAAGUAUUGGACCGAAAACUAGCAGUACCAAAGCGGGAAGAAAAAAUUACGGAUCAGGAAAAGAAACAUUAAGAUUUAAAGCUAAUGGACAAGCGACUAUUGAAAACGAGCACGAUGAAAAAUCUAAAGCUGGUAUCGAGAAAAUCAAUGGUCUUCUAGAAUUGUUUAUGGGUGUCAGCGAUACUGAGCUUGCUACACAAAUGUGGGACUUAGCUGAUGGAAAAAACAACUCCAUGGAACUUGCCGAAGCAAUCGACAACAGCGAUCUGCAGGAGUUCGGCUUCACAGACGAAUUCAUUAUCGAACUGUGGGGGGUCAUUACUGAUGCUAGAUCUGGGAGACUCAGUUAGAGUUAUUAACUUCAUUGAAACCUAAAUAAAUAUAGGAGUAUACUUUUAACUUUUCAUGGUACGAGCGCUAAAUAUGACCUAUUCCAAUGACUCCAUUGCGGAUAUAAUGUGUACCUACUACCAAAUUUUUUGUUGGUGAUUUUUCAGAUGACGUUUUGUACUGUUACAGGAUCGAUUGCUUAGUAUUUUGAUAUUAAUCGUAUAUACACUUGUUUGUUUCCGGCGUAAGUAAUAGUUAAUUACGUUACAUAUAAUAUUAUAAUCGUUUCCAAGAAGAAGUAACUUAGAAUUUGUCAUCAAUAACGUGUCAUUUGUUUUUAAAUUAUCCUUUUAUUUAUUUCAUAAAUUGCAUCACUAAACUUAAAUUACUGUGUAUAUUAUUUUGGGUGCUGCCUUUUAUUAUAUUAUUAUACAAUUAGGACUCGUUCUAGGUUAAUAAAACCAAAUAAUAGCUUCUUUUUCAUACGUAUGCAUCUUUUUCAAGUUAUGUUUAGACCGGUAAAACAUCAAGAUUAAGGUUAUAAUAUUUUCUAUAAAAAUACAUUGCAUUCGUUUUUUGUUGGAAGUGAUUAUUACUAUUGUAUUCUGUAUUACCUAUUAUAAUCAAUUCUAGUAAUUCAAAAUUAAUUACUUACGUAAGUUCGUUAAUUACACAUUAUUAUAUUACAUUAGGUAUGAAAUGAUGAAUACAAAGAUCAAAUGAUCCUUUUUUAUUAACCGAUUGGAACGUGUAUAAUAAUAUUGUAAACCUAGUUCUAUGUAAUAACCUUUACAUCGUAUCAUACCGGUCGUAGCAAAACGAUUAUAAUAUAUGUAUUAUUAUAUAAAUUAUACGCUAUCUAACUGCUAAACAAUGGUUCCACCAUGCUUUUACAUGCUAGUUAUUUGUUACUCGUUAGUCGUUACCUAUGGACAUUAUGGAACAUAAAAACAUCGCAAACCGAAAUAUCGAAGGUCAUAGACACAGUACCUAUAUUUUAAUAUUAUGACUUAAUAUUAUUUCUAUGUUUACUAUGGAAUGUAAAGAAUGGCAAGAAAUGUAUACUUUCUUGUAUGUAUAUUACAUUUUGCGGAUCGUGGAUAAAUAUAAUAUUGACUUUUCUAUGUAUUUAAACUGUAUUCAUAAAGUUUUAGUCAAAAUAUUUAGUACAACAACUGGAAUGUGAUAUAUGUUAGUAACAUUGGAUAAUAAGGUUGAUAUUAGAAAUUCGAUAAUUUAAAUUCUGGUUAUCCUAUUCCGUCUUCGGGGCAUAACCGUUUUUUUUGCAAUUACGGUCGUUCUAAUGGAAGGACGGCUUCGAUAGCCCAUAGGUAAAAGAGUAAACAUUUUUCCUAUUUACUUAUAGGGCUAACAAAGUUGUCCUUUGCUUAGAAUGUCUAUAUUGCAAAGACGGAUUCUGCUCCGUAGACGGAAUAGAGUCCCCAGACCUUCUUCGUGGUAAUCAUUGUUGUUAUUGUUAUAAUGUUUAUCAAACAAGAGCACCUUAGUUUAUUUUUUCGAUGUCUACUUAAAUUAUCUGCCACGGUGUAAAAACGUCAUAUAAUAUUAAAUUGUCUAGUAUGUAUAUUUAGGUACGUAGAUAGCGAUUUUUUAUCAUUAUUCAACUUAUAAUUUUUAUAUCAUUAGAUCGUGGUAGAUGUUUUUAUGACUUGAUUACGAGGAAAGGAUAACAUUAUAGUAUGAAAUUUUAUACUGAAUUAUAUUUAUAUUGCAAUAAUGACGUGCUACCUAUAUUGAGCAAAAUUAGUACCUAAGUACAAAAUAUACCUUAAAGUAUUGUUUUCUUUACACGUGUUUAUCUGAAAUUAUGUAAAGACUACUUACAUUUUAUGUAAGCAGGUACUUUGUACCUAGCGAUGUUAACAUAUUCACGUACCUUUUCAGUGUCAAGUGCUAAUUGCAGUAAAGCAAGUUUAAAAAUAAAAAAAAAAUAUUAAGUGCGAAAAUAAUUUAAGUAAUUGUUUAUGAGUUUAAAAAUUCCAGAAUGAUUUUUUUAAUUGUUAACUCAUCAUUUUAAACAGAUUUAAACGCCUAUAAAAUAGAAUUUUAAUUUGAUAUAACUACUUAUUUAAUAUUUUGUUAGAAUAUUUAAAAUAUGUAUUAAAUAUUUCAUUAAAUUAUGUAUGUAUCGUGAUCUUCAAGUACUAGAUUUUAGUUAUCUAGCGCUUAUAUUUAUCAGUCCUGUGACUGUCCGGAUACGUGAUGUGCGUAAAUACGUGGAAAAUUCGAUACAUUUAAAAUAAAAAAAAUAUCAUAUGCUAUGUCGGUACCUUACCAAAUUCCUAACCUAUUCCUAUGACCUUACCUUCAAGUUUCUAUCUACCAAAGUUAAUUUUAUAGUAAGUUUAUUUUGCAAAAUCCUUUUAACCCCAUUUACCUAUAUUGUCCUUUCGAUUUGAAAAUUUUCCAAAUCUAUAAAUAUUGUUUUAAUACCUACCAUAAUAUUAUAAGUAAUUUAAUUUGUGUAACGAAAAAUGUGGACCAAGGAUAAAGGAACUCCUCAAGCCUAAUAUCGCAGAAUAGACACAUUACUACGUAUGAUAAUAGUAACUUUAUCGAGUUUGUGCCUUAUUUCAUGUGUCUGUGGAUAUAACCUUUUAAAUAAUUAUUAAAUAAGCCAAUCUUAAAGAACUAUAAAACAAAUAAUAAAGAAACUCUUAUGAAUUAAAUGCGUA